AUGGCAGCAAUUGAAGCUGCACUCACCCAGCUGCAACACACUGGCAAUCAGUUCCCCGCCUUCCUCAGGACCCACUCCGAUCUCCCAAUCGUCCACAUCCUCGCCACCCCGUGGCGCUGGACAACCAGCUCCACAUUCUACUCCGCCGUCACCACAAAGUCCACCACCUCCCCACUCUUCCCGCACAACAGAGUCAUCAACGACGCCCUUUUCGUAGGUUCCAUCAUGACCGCCCUCAUCGUCCUGUACAGGAUGUUUGUGUGGUCCCACCCCAAAUCUGGUCGUGUCGAACAGAUCCUAGCGGCUCCUCUCAUCCUGGUCCUGUUGCUGGUGCCGUUGUUGUACACUUGUCCGAUUGUGUUUUUCCACUUUGCGAUGACAGUUGCUUCCAUUGCGACGGUUACUAGGAUGGUGGAUUUGUACUAUGUUCAGCCUUGGCCUGGGGUGCCGAGUCGGUAUUUCUUAGCUGGAAGGGCUGCAGGGGCUGCGAAGGAUGAAACUGCGAGAUCCAAGAAGUUUGAUUCUUCUUCCGCCUCUUCCCCAACCUCGACCGGGACGAUGGCCACAACAUCAACAACGACGACGACUGGAUCAACUGCCGAGACUAUCGACUUUUUCCAUUGGGACAGUGAACGGUUACAGGAAGAACUCUGGUCGCCACUGAGGAAACAAAACGGCAAAAAGUCUGAUCCAUCAGUCGGCCGCUCCUGGAUCGACCUCCUCCCAGCGUUCCUAUUUUACUAA